GGAUCUGUGUGACAGUUGUACGCUUGGAAUCACGCGGGAUAACAUCGACUGCACGCGCUCGAAGAGGAAAGGACAACCAGCCAUAUCGGGAGUUUCUGGAAUUUCUUAAAAAAGUUUUGGAAUUUUCUAUCUGAUUUUAAGUAGUCCGAUAUUCUCGACAUGGAGGGACUAUGGUGUUUAGUAGUGUUAAUUGUGUACUGUUGGCUACCGGCCGGACACGGACAUGGACGACUUAUAGAACCUCCAAUGCGAUCGGCAGCUUGGCGGUACGGAUUCACAACUCCGAAAAAUUACAACGACAACGAGUUAAAUUGUGGAGGAUUUCCGAACAUGAUGCGGCAAGGUGGUCGAUGUGGGCCUUGUGGCGACCCCUGGCAGGGUCCUCGCGACAACGAGGCUGGCGGGAAAUACUCCACCGGAGUUAUCACGAGACAGUACGCUUCCGGUCAGACUAUCAACGUCACCGUCCAGCUGACCAGUAAUCAUAAAGGCUAUUUCGAGUUUCGAUUAUGUCCGAACAAUAACGGCCAGCUCCGAGUGACACAGCAGUGUUUUGACCAAUACCUAUUGAGGAUCGUCGGGCUGGGCACGAAGUAUCAUAUAGACGCCCCGGACUCGAAUGUCUUCAUCGACCUACUGUUGGAACUCCCGCCGGGAGUCAGCUGUUCAAACUGUGUCCUUCAGUGGAAAUGGCGCGCAGCUCAGAAUCGUGGUCCUGAUGGUAAGGGAGGCGAGUGUUUUGGAUGCGGACCUCAAGAACACUUCAUCAAUUGUGCUGAUGUAGCUAUCAGCCCCUAUUCAACGUCGCCCCUCCCCAUUACCCGAUCCUCUGCCGGUGGGGCUGUGGUCAGAUUCAAGGCAAUCAAGCCGGAAGUGUCGAGCGCUGUAUCUUAUGAAAUCAAAACCUCCAGCAAGAACUCGGCAGCGCUAUAUAGCGCCCACUCACGGCCGGUAGAGCCUGCCCCAGCACCAGCGCCAACUCAAAAUAUGUUCACGCAAAUUUCUCGCGAGAUCUUCCCUUCAGGAUUUGGAGCGUAUGGCACAGGUAUACAGAAUAUGUUCAGAAAUAUGUUCGAUGGUGAUAUGGGUUAUAUGAACAUGGCGAUGAAAUCCGUCCGACCUCAACCCGCACCGCCUACCACACCUAAACCACGGCCCCAGAGACACUAUUCACAGAGGUCAUCACAGUCUGCCACUGUCAAGUUGCCUACAGACCCCCGGGCGCUCACCGCUACCAUAUUGUCUUACGCUAACGGCAUUCCAGAUGGCAACGACAACGCGAACUUUGAGGUCUGCCAAGAUGGUUACACCAAACCCACGUGUUCCUCGCUUCCGUCCUGGAACAAAUUGCCGGCGAUCGGGAAAUGGUGUCAGUCUAUGUGUCCGUCAGGUCUCUGUCCUUCUGCCGUCUGUGGGUGCACGUGCCCCGUGAAUGUCCUUCAACAGCUGAAUCCUAACUAUAGGGGGAUGACCAGUCAGUGUAGAGGCAUCCCCGGCUGGACGGACGCGGCCAUGGAUGCUUGGUGCGCAGCUAACUGUAAUUCAGAGUUCUGCGCAUCCGAAAUGUGCACGUGUGAAUGAGAUGGGACUAAUAUCCGGGCAAAUCAUAGACAAUCCCAAUGUGUGCUUACCACUAGGAAGCAAGGCGCUGAAUGCAACGAGAACUUGUUAAACAGGAACUUCCGGUUGUCGUAAAAUAGUCGGAGUGUCGUGAAUUGAUACAAUGAUUCAUGUAUAAAUAUGUUACAUAUUCCAUCUGUGAUAGUGACAGUGUGUAUUGGCUUGAACAAUGGAUCAUAGGAACGAUGAUAGUUUAGCGGAAGUCACGACAAGAAUGUGUUGAUGUACUGAGAAUGAGGCAAUGAAUGACGGAAACUUACGGUCUUAAUGACGUCAAACCGAAAUCCCACAGGAAGUAGAUAUUUAUAAUUGUAGUAUUUGUCGACGUAUUUGUAUUAACAAAUUAAUGACGAGAAAAACACCCGAGCUUCAAAUUUUGUUCUGUUUUGUAUUCAAAGUACAAGGAACACAUAUUGGUAGGAUUUUGGCAAACCCCAGAAAGGGGGUAGGCAUUCAAAAUGUUCAACGUGGUAAAUGAGCAUGUUUGCGUGAGACACUUCGGCGAAUUUUUUUAUAUUAAUUAAUAUACGUAUUAAGUAAAAUAAUUAAAGUUAUAUUUGUCGUGGUAUGAUUGAAAAUAUCCUCUAUAUACGAAAUAUAUUAAAUGUCUAGAGACACACUUUUUAAACCCUUAUAUGGCACUAGGUCUCUGACCGGAAGUUGAGUUGCUCUAGGGAACUUUUUUUAACACACAUACAUAUAUAUAUAUAUAUAUAUAUAUAUAUGCCAUUAACUCGAUGUGUGUCGAUAAUGAUUUUGAGAUCUCGUUCUUAGACCGGAACUUAAAUUGCAUCAUCAUUUUGAUGACAAAAUAUAUUUAAACUUAUCAUUACCUGUACAUGCUCUUGGUAAAUAAAUAUUGAUGAUCAAAGUCAGUGAUAGGUUUAAUAAAUAAUCCUGUCUGUAAAUUAAUUUGAUAUUUUUGUAUUUUUUCAUUUUACUCCCUUUCACUUAUUUGUCUUAUUUUAAGAUUUUAUUGUAUUGCACCCAGCUUCGCCCAUGUUUGUAUACUACAGCUUUGUAUAAGAGACGAGGGCGUUUGAUGCAGUUAAUAUGGUGUUCCGUUAGGGCCAAAUUUCCAAUAUCGCUCCUUCGCUCCUUUGACCUAAACGCGAAGGAGCGAAAAUACGAUGGCGAAGGAGCGAAAAUACGAUG